AUGUACAAAGGGAUAGAGUCUUGUCAGAAGUGCAGGAAUAAUCCAACAGUAUCGCAAAGAAAUCAUGGUGCAAUGUAUCUGGUCCCAUUCUCUCCAGACUGUCCGCAUUUCGAGGUAUGACACUGGAACGUUAACAGCGAGUGCUGCUGAUGUUAACGUUCGAUGGUAAUAGCAUGAAUUCUCAAAAUAAGGAAAAAAAUGCCUAUUUAAAAACUAAAUUACUGUAACAGAAAUAAAAAAACCGACCCAAAAUGAGGGUAAAAAAUAUUGAGCAACUCAUUGUGAUAUGAGGAAAAUUGUAUACCUUCCCCCUCCCUCCCCAAUCAAUGUGAAAUCUCUAGAAAGAUGGAUGGAAACUAGUGUUUUUUUUUGGAAUCCAAAUGCUGAAGGUAGGGGAGGAGGAAUCAAGGAAAAAAUCAGAAGCCAACCAAAAACAUUGUUACUUUGAGUAGAAAUCUAAAUCAUAAUUAUCUGGAAGCGUUUUCCCAACCGCCCAAAGUUCGUCUAACCCUACCUUAUUGCAGUUUAAUGAGGGUGGUCACUUGUUCACUUGACCUGUAUCCGUGAAGACUGCAUGGCGUGUAACAUAGUGGUCAGGGAGGAAAUAACAUAAUUACAAAAUGGAACUUGCUCUCCCUUUUGUGGUGAUAUGGACAAAAAACGGCUGGGAACUUAUCGAAAAGAAACAUUGCGCCAUGUUCACCGACACUUAUUCACCUAUCAUUUUGAAAUUCCUAGCUGUGAAUUUGCUUUCGUUUUCACGAUAGGUUCUUAUUCUUGAAUCAGGGGAGCGGAGAAGCUUAGAGGUAGGAGUGGCAAAGAAGAAUUAUCGAAGCCAUAUUAUACGUGCUAAACUGGAUGGAAAAAUGAAUGUGUCGGAUAUCACAAUAAAGGAGACAUUUUCGAUGCUGCCGUAG